AUGGGAGGAAGAGGACGAGGACGAGGUCGGGCAAAGACAGCAGGGACAGGAAGCAGGUUUCAUUCCAGGCGUGUGUAUGAAGAAGGGGACGAGCUUCUUAUCCCGGGGCAAAAUGCUGACAAUGCAGCUGGGAGGAGGUUCCCGCUGCCGCUGGCCAUGUGGGACUUCGGCCAGUGCGACGCUAAGCGAUGUACGGGGAAGAAAUUGUCAAGAGCAGGAUGGAUCCGAGAGCUGAAGCCUCAACAGAGGUGCAGGGGUAACGCUAUCGUCCUGACUCCCUCCGCCACCCAAUCAGUGUGCCCCAUGGACAGAGACAUCAUUCAGAGCGAUGGCAUCUGUGUGGUUGACUGCUCUUGGAACAAGGUCGAUGACAUGCCCUUUCACACCCUCAAGGGUGGGCAGCCCAGGCUGCUUCCGUUCCUUGUGGCUGCCAACCCAGUCAACUAUGGAAGGCCUUUCAAGCUGACGUGCGUAGAGGCCAUCGCCGCGUGUCUGUUCAUCGCUGGCUUCCAGGAGGAAACUCACCUCAUACUGAGCAAGUUCAAGUGGGGCCAAGGCUUCAUCGACCUGAACAAGGAGCUGCUUACAGCCUACGCAAGCUGCACAGACAGCGCGAGUGUGGUGAGAUGA